GGGAGAAAAUGGGAUGACGUCAUCGCUCAAUCGUCUUUCCUUCGUUUCCGCGUUAAAUGCUGCACAAAUAACUGAUCGUAUACAACACGUAUGUGUGAUAGGACAUGUUUUUAAUGUUGUGAGGAGGUGCUGACACCGCCGCUAGUUCUUAUGGUGUUGGGCAGGUUUAGGUAUUGCGGAAUUACGUAACGAGGAUGUUCACAAAGGGGCUGUUUCCGGGUAUACUGAUUACGGCGCUAAGUUUUGCGUCGGUCAAAUGCCGCGACGAGAACCAUGUGGUAUACAUUUCUGAUGAAAUAUGGAGGACGGAAACGCCUUUGAGGUGCUACGACUGCAACUCUGAGUUCGAUCCUAGAUGUGCCGACCCCUUUAACGACUAUACAAUAGGAAUAGUUAAUUGCUCGGAACUGAAACCCCCCGAGCAUUUGAUCAAUUUUGACCAGCACCCGAACGACAAACUCAAGCCGACCGUGUGUCGGAAGAUCGUUCAAAAAAUUCAAGGUAAAACCAGGGUGAUACGCGAAUGCGGCUACAUCCAAGACACAUAUGACGACAAGAACUGCGCCUUAAGAUCCGGCACCAAGGACGUGCAGUUGAUCUACUGCUCUUGUACGAAAUCGCUGUGCAACUUGGGUCACGCUGCCAUUCGACCGUCGCCGCUACUUCUAGGUCUAAUUUUUGCCGUUCUUAUGAUCGUAUCAUUGAAAAUGAGAAAAUAAACGCCGAAUUACUAAGGGUAAACUCUCGACUGGUGCUAAUUCCGUCUGAUUGGAUGGAAUUGACAACACUUCCGAA